AUCGGUCCACGGAAGGCCGCGGAAUCCGGGGUGAUCUCGCUUAACGAGAGGCUUCGCAGCGCCACCAGGCAGCCGUUUCUCGAGUCCAUGAAGUGUCAAGGCCGCGGCUCGCUCCCGGGCACGGAGAACUGUCGGCGCUUGCCCUGGGGAUGUUUCUGGUAGUCUUGUCUCAGAAAUUACAUCUCUAGUCUGCACAAUGAUUCCCUUCGAAGCCCAGCAGUGCCCAGUUGCCUCCAGGACUCAAACCCUUACGUGGAAGAGAAAAACUUGCAGAGGAAAUGCUAAUUCUCCACUUGCUCCCUGAGGUGUCCAGUUGCAGCCCAUGGAGAUCCAGUUCAAUUAUGAAUCUCAAGAACACCACGUUCUGUCGGAUGGUGAAACUAAGACUAGGAUUGGAGAGCCAGUUUCAGAGGAGGAAAUUACAUCAAAAAUUGAACCAUUGACUGAAGGAUCUGGCAGCCCUAGAGAGGAUGUUCUCCAGGAUUCUGAAGGCAGAGAAUUCUGUGAAUUUGGGGAUAAAUUAAAUGAAAAAGAUCAGAACUUCCUUAAAAGAAGACAACAUAACUGUGAUGAAUGUGGGCAAAGCUUUGCUUGGAGUACAGGCCUUAUUAGGCAUCAAAGAACCCAUUGGGAAAAACCUUAUGAAUGUGAUAAGUGUGAAAAGGCCUUUAGUGUGAGCUCAGCCCUGGUUCUGCAUCAGCGAAUUCAUACUGGAGAAAAACCCUAUCCCUGUAACUGGUGCAUUAAAAGUUUCAGUCGGAGCUCAGACCUUAUUAAACAUCAAAGAGUCCACACUGGUGAAAAACCUUAUAAAUGUGAUGAAUGUGGGAAAGCCUUCAGUCAGAGCUCAGAUCUUAUUAUACAUCAGAGAAUCCAUACAGGAGAAAAACCCUAUCAGUGCAAUCAUUGUAGUAAAAGUUUUAGCCAGCGCUCAGAUCUGGUUAAACAUCAGAGAAUCCACACUGGAGAGAAGCCCUAUACAUGUAACCAGUGUAACAAACAUUUUAGUCAGAGUUCUGAUGUUAUAAAACAUCAAAGAAUCCACACUGGGGAGAAACCAUAUAAAUGUGAUGUGUGUGGGAAAGCCUUCAGUCAGAGCUCAGAUCUUAUUCUACAUCAGAGAAUCCAUACUGGAGAGAAACCAUAUCCAUGUAAUCAGUGUAGCAAAAGUUUCAGUCAGAACUCUGAUCUCAUUAAACAUCAAAGGAUCCAUACUGGAGAGAAACCCUAUAAAUGUAAUGAGUGUGGAAAAGCUUUUAAUCAGAGCUCAGUGCUUAUUCUACAUCAAAGAAUUCACACUGGAGAGAAACCCUAUCCUUGUAAUCAAUGUAGCAAAACCUUCAGUAGGCUUUCAGAUGUUAUUAAUCAUCAACGAAUUCACACUGGAGAGAAGCCUUACCCUUGUAAUCAGUGCAGUAAGAUGUUUAGUCGAAGAUCAGAUCUUGUUAAACAUCAUAGAAUUCAUACAGGUGAGAAACCCUAUGAAUGUGAUGAGUGUGGGAAAACCUUUAGUCAGAGCUCCAACCUUAUUCUACAUCAGAGAAUUCACACUGGAGAGAAACCUUACCCAUGUAGUGAUUGCACUAAAAGCUUUAGUCGUCGUUCAGAUCUUAUUAAGCAUCAAAGAAUACACACUGGUGAGAAACCAUAUGCAUGCAAUCAGUGCAAUAAAAGUUUUAGUCAAAGCUCAGACCUCACUAAGCAUCAGAGAGUGCACUCUGGUGAAAAGCCCUAUCACUGCAAUAGUUGUGAGAAAGCCUUCAGUCAGAGUUCUGACCUUAUUCUUCAUCAGAGAAUUCACACUGGAGAAAAACCAUAUCCAUGCACACAGUGCAGCAAAAGUUUCAGUCAGAACUCAGACCUUAUCAAACACCAGAGAAUCCACACGGGGGAAAAACCAUAUAAAUGUAAUGAGUGUGGGAAGGCUUUCAGUCAGUGCUCAGCUCUUAUCCUACAUCAGAGAAUCCACACUGGAGAGAAGCCAUAUCCAUGCGAUCAAAGUAGUAGAAGUUUUAGUCAGCACUCUGAUCUCAUUAACCAUCAAAGAAUCCACACUGGUGAAAAGCCAUAUAAAUGUGAUGCAUGUGGGAAAACUUCCAGCACAUGCACAGAUCUAAUUGAACACCAGAGAAUCCACACUGGGGAGCAAUCCUACCAGUGUAUUCAGUGCAGCAGAAGUUUUAGCCAACUCUCUGGUCUUACUAAUCAUGAGAAAGUCCAUUCUGGGGAGGACAGUCUAAAUGUGAUGAAUGUGGGAAAACCUUUAGUUUAUACACCGAAUUUAUUUAGUACCAGAGACACUGUACCAGAAAGAAAAUCUUAUGAAUGCUAUUGAUGAAUAUGAAAAAGGCUUUAGUCAAUGCUCAACUCAUACUAAAUUAAAAAAUAAAAACGAAAAACACUGGGGCGAAAACAUUGAUUCUGUGUUUAUAAUGAAAGUUUAAGUUGUACCUCAGACAUUACUAAAAUUAAGAAAAAUUUUGAGGAGGAGUCUUGUGAGGUGUGGAAAAACUCAAUGUGAAUAAAAUUUUUACUGAAUGCCAGUAAGCAACAAUAGAAAUUCCUGUCUUUGUCAUAAUGUAAGAAAAGCUCUAGUAUUUUAUUCAGACAUAAUCCACAAGAGAGGUGUGUCAUUGUAAGAAAUGUAUAACAGUAUUAAUGCAGAAUUUAUCAAAUAUUAUAAAAAUCAGUGUGGAGAGCUGUUCAAUCAGAACUCAGAAGGAAAUGUAUUAGUGUUAUAAUCUCAAAUCUUUACUGGACCAUAAUUACCAAUUGCAUAUCAGAAGUUAUUUUAGAGAAUUUAAGGAAAACUUAAAUACCAUCUGUAUCUUUAAAUGGCAUGUAUCCUGAUAUCACACUUAUUCCAUAACAGCUAGAGUCCUGCCUUGUGCUAAUACUAGAUAUUUAUCUUUAAAUUACCUGUGUGUGAACAUGGUACACUAUUCUGGUAUUAAACUUAUUAACUAGACAACUCCAGGGCCCCCCUUUCUCAGAAGUUUUUUGAUUUUUGUUUUGGUUUUCCUAUUAAGUGUGAGUUUGUGCAAUUUUCAAAUGUUCACAGCAAAUAUGGAUUUAUUUCACUCUCAGUACUGCAGCUUAUAAAUUUUAUUGGUUUGAAAUCACUUCGCUACCAUUUAAUCACAGCUUCUAAACAUGUGAAACAGGACUUUUUUAUGUCAAAGUGUGAAGAUAUUUCUAUUACUGUUUAUCUAGUCAUUUACAGACUGAACAAAAAUGGUAGUUAUGAUAUUGUGAUUUAUAAUAAAUUUAUAUCUGGUCUUCAUCCCUUGGCACAGAGCUCCUAAUACCCUUGGAAUUUCCUAGGUGAUAAGAGUGAUAAGAUGAAAGGAGUGUCUUUUGUUCUUCAUAACAAGCACCUUUCAACACAGCAGAGUUUAUGUUAAUAAGUUGACUUUUUGGAAAAACCUUAAGAGAACCACAGGAUGGGGGUUGGUUGCCAGGAGAACCCACCAUGUGAUUAGAGAGUUGGAACUUUCAAUCCUACCCCACCUUAACUUCUGAGAGGAGUGAGGGGCUGGAGAUUGAGUUCAAUCACCUAUGACCAGUGAUUUUAUCAAUCAUGCCUAUGUAAUGAAGCCUCCGUAAAAAUCCAAAAGGACACGAUUUAGAGAGCUUCCAGGUUGGUGAACUUGUGGAGGUAAUGGAAGGGUGGCUCACCUGGGCAGGGCAUGGAAGCUCCAUGUCUUCACAGACACCUUGCCCCAUGCAUCUCUUCCAUCUGGCUGUUUCUGAGUUGCAUCCUUUUAUAAUAAACCAGUAAUCUAGUAAGUAAACCGUUUUACUGAGUUCUGUGAGCCAUUCUAGCAAAUGAUCAAACAAGGGGGUUGUAGGAACCUCCAAUGUAUAGCCAGUCAGAAACACCAGUGAAAACAUAGACAUGGGAUUGGUGUCUAAAUGGAGUGGGGGGUGGGCAGUCUUGUGGGACUGAGUCCUUACCCUGAGGAGUCUUUGCUAACUCCAGGUAGAUGAUGUCAGAAUUGAAUUGUAGGAUACCAGUGGAUGUCCACAGAGAAUUGGAGAAUUGCUUGGUUUGGGAAAACCCCACAUACAUCUGGUGUUGUGAGUAUAGAGAAAACAGUGAGUUUUUCCUAUACAGUAGCUAAAGUAAUUAUCUACAUGAUUGAUUUGUAUAGCAUAUUCUGUCUAAAAAUAAAAAGGUCUUUUGACUUUGUUUCUCAA